AUGGGUGUCCUCUCAGGGCCUAGGAAAGACUCCGGCGGGGGGCGGCCUGGUGGAAGUCAAGGGGGGAGGGGCGGGGGGAGAGGUUCCUCCUCGGAAAGGUCCGGUCAGGCAGGGGGGAGGAGAAGUGGGGGUUCAGGAAGGGGGGGUGAGAGAAGUGGCGAUGGGAGGGGUGGUAAGGGCAGGGGCAAGGGGAGGACGGAAGGGGAGGCCAAGACGGUGGCGCCAAAGGAGGGGGGCCUCAGGAUCAAGUCCGAGAGCGUGAUUCAGGAAGAGGAACCGGCAGGCACCCCCCAGUGGGACACGUUUGUGAGCAGCCUGUCCGGCGUUUGGGAGGGCAUGGCCGGCGCGUUCUCUCCAAUCACCGGCAAAAUGGAGCCCCUCGCUCUAGACGAGGAAAACAGCUACCUCUUCGACGCGCUCUCGCACUGCUUCGUCGAGGGGGGGGUCAGCGUCCCAGCCAAAACAGGGGGGGAGACUGCAAACGGCGUGCGGCGGCAGGUGUUCUGGACGGUCGGCAAUGCGGCGGAAAAGAACGAGGGGCAGUACCAGGACGACGUCGUCGAUGACGUGGAUGUUGACGUGGAGGAUGACGUCAGCGGGCUGGCGGGGGAGCGAGCGAAGCUGGAGCGGGCGCUGGCGGCCUCGGAGGGGGCGAGCGGUGAGGUGCGAAAGGAGGGGGGCGAAACGAAAGAGGGGGGCGAUCUGGAGGAGGGGGACGAACUAGACUGGGAGGAAUUUGAGGAGGGCGACUUCGAGGAGGGGGACGAGUUUGAGGAGGACGAUGAUGACGACAUGGAGGAGUCGCAGGUGGAGGAUGACGUCAUGGGGCGCGAGCCGGGGCUGAUCUUCUUCGAGGACGGCUCAUACUCGCGGGGGCCGCUGGACCUGCUGAACAACGUGCAAGUAGAUGACGUGGAUCCAGAUUCCGUGGCGGAUGACGACCCCCAGCGACGGAAGUACAACUUCAACCCGGCGUCGGUCAUUGAGCAGUGCGUUGUGCGGGGAGGUCAUCGGCGGCUGCGCCUGGUACAUACCGUAGGCGUCGAGGGGGGCGGACUGAACCUGAUGCGCCUAGCGGUGACGGAGGAGGAGUGGAUGGGCCCGCUCGAGAUGGAAGAUAUCAGUGCAAGCAAAGAGUCUCCCGUUGUCCCCUACUCUCUCCGCGAGUCAACCUCAAGCUCCGAACUCGAGGGGCAAUGGAAGGUGUUCGAGCGCAUUGCCACUGUGUUGCACGGGUCAGAGGCCGAGGACGCCGCCGGCCCGUCAGCGGUAACGGUAGGCGGCCCUCGGGGCGACACAGUAACGGUAUGCUAUUCUACAAGGGAAGUGUUGCGGGAACGGUUUGACGAAACGCAGGGCAAGGCCAAGGGGCUGAAAAUCAAGGGUAGGGACGAGGAUGAAGACGUGAUUCUUUUGCCUGGGGGGGUGACGUCAACAAUAUCGGUGAAGCCCGAGGGGGGCUUGACGUUCGGGGUCGGGUGGCUGGACGAGGACGGGACGAGGGCGUUUAUGGAGAGGAGUUACCAAGCGAACGGUCGCCUGGACGAGGUGCGGUCGGGGCAGGAAGUAAAAGGGGGCUGGGUGGGCGGCAGCAUGUAACGCAUCUGUCUUGUGCCUGGCUUUUUGAAGGAACGGCUCAAUACAGCUGCACGACUAGUGGUGCCGGCUUAAUUGCUGCAGUGCUUGCCAAGAUUUUGCAAGCCAUUAUAAGGCGCGAGGGAUAGGCUGGAGUAAGAUCCGCAGUCGAUCACUGUCAAAUUGAUCGAAUGUGCUGCUCACACAUUGAGCGCGAGUUGCAAAGGCUUCAAGUGCCGACAUAUAGGUUGUGAUAAACAACGAACCAAACGCACGGACAGUUCUCGCGAACAAACUCGAGGGCCAAUGAGGUUGACAACAUACAUACUCUAUUUAUACAACAGGCAAUCAUUUUCUUCCUGCAA